GUCACGCCAAAUCUGAUUGGGCAAUCGUGAAGUGUUGAACUUCAUACUUUCGUUUCUGAAUAAGUGGAGAGAGCACUGCCGCCUUUGUGCAUUAGAUUCUGGACGCACUUGACAAUCCAGGAGGUUUCUGAAGACACCCAGAUAAACUAACGCAGGCAAAAAUGAAAAACGGAAUUUUGUUGAUUGCACUUCUCAUGGCAGCAACGGCUUUCACUAUAGGUGUUCCACAUGCUGCCCAGCCUAACAGCGCCACCUCAGCUCAGACAGAAACUACAAGCAGUCCCACUACCAUGAUGGCUAUUGCUGUAAACAGAACAACUCCACAUCACACAACCACGACUGUCCCUUUAAACACAACAACCCCACACCACAAAACCACGACUGUCCCUUUAAACACAACAACCCCAGAUCACAAAACCACGACUGUCCAUUUAAACACAACAACCCCACAUCACAAAACCACGACUGUCCCUUUAAACACAACAACCCCACAUCACAAAACCACGACUGUCCCUUUAAACACAACAACCCCACAUCACAAUACCACGGCUGUCCCUUUAAACACAACAACCCCACAUCCCAAUACCACUACUCCACACACCACUACACCAUUGCCUGGACCGACCUCACCUACCAACAUUACGGGAGGAAAUUACACUGUUCUCGACAAAAAUAACAAAACAUGUGUUAUGGCUGAUUUUGAAAUCAAGAUCUUUGUGAACAACAGCGAGGUUAAUGGUACAUUUAUUGUUCAGCCGAUCAAAACCAAUACCUCUGGGUACUGUGAGGAUAAAGUGGCUAGUCUGUUUCUACAGUUCGAUGAGGGCGAAAUCACAAUGAAAUUUAGAAAUAAUGAGACAUCAAAAAUGGUCUAUGUUGAGACUUUGGAAUACGAGUUGAACUAUGCUUUUAAAUCUGGAGCAUUGAGAAAAUACUCAGGGAAGAAUGAAUCUCUUCAGCUGUUUGCCGCAGCUGCUGGUCACUCAUAUUCCUGCAAAGAUGUGAAAGUGUUCGUGGGGCAAGGUGUGCAUCUGGAUUUCACCAAGAGCAGAGUUCAGGCCUACAACAUCAAGAACAAAAACUUUGGAAAGACUGACCUGUGCAAGGCUGAUCAACCUGACUACCGUGUUCCCAUUGCUGUGGCCAUCAUACUCAUCCUCCUCAUUGUCAUUGUAGUCAUUGCUUACUGUAUCAGCAGAAAACGGCGGACCAAUGGUUACCAGUCUCUUUAAAGGCCUACACUGACUUCCCAAAAGUACCACCAGUAAUACCAGUUUACAGGAAUUUUAAUAAUGUUAUGUAAAUCCUAAAAUAAUGUUGCUCUGGUACAGAUAAACAUGGAUGGCAUAAGAUUUAUUUAACUAAUGAGUUUGUGAAAUGCAGACAUAAUGCAUCCAAACACAAGCUGCUUUUGCUGUUAAGAUUUCUGCAUCACCAAAGAUCAUGUUACAAUUCAGACAAGUUAACCUUAGUGCAUACCUUAUUUGGCCUACCUUUAUAAAAUUACCAUUUUAAAGAACUUUUGAAAAUAAUAACAGUCAACUGACAGGGGAUGUUUAUUCUUUGCUGUUGCUAACGCUGCAUCCAGUGUGGACGAAAUGUAAAUUUAUAAUGGGUUCUAAUGCUUUCUAUUGUCUUUUGUCGCAUCGCGCCGCGUCCGAUGUAAACACGGUGUUAACCUAAAGACCUGCACACAUGUACUGCAUUCUCUGUCUUUGGGGGCCAACCCCAUAUAUUAAUCUGAUGUACAUAAAUCUAGGGAACUUUGAAAGGGAAUUCAGUCGUGCUUUGUUUCAUGCAAGCAUUUUGUACUGAACUGUACUUUGUAAUUAGUUUAAAUAUAAAAGAAAGAGUUUAAAAGGCAGGUAUAUCCAUGUUUUCAUUCUAAACUAAUUCUUUAGAGAAUUAUAAAUCGACUUUUUUGUACUUUUCUGCUGUUUUCUGUGAAAAGCUGCGAUUUAGGAUAAAUUGGAAACGAAAUACAGGAAUGCACUGAAUAAAUUGGGGAAUAAUAUACAUGUUUUGUUUACAUCUAAUAAAUGCAUGGUGUUUCACUUUAA